UUAGUAAAGUGGAAGCAAGGUAUGACAUCACCGGCGGGCGUCGAAGCGGCGCGACGCGGAAGAUGCUAGCCUCGCCAGUGCUAAAGCAGCAGUGAUCCAGUGCUCACGUCUGUUACUGUGAAAGAAGUUAACAACACUCUAACAUGGCUAAUAUUUUAGAUGUAGCUACGGAGGACAACCUCCAGUACCAAUUCUUCCCCGUGGCCCACGGGUCCGUUACCUUCAAAGUGCGAGCUGCCAACGACGCACACAUUGCCCUCACCGUAGGCCCACAAGAAUCAGACCCUAUGUAUGAGGUCUUCAUCGGUGGCUGGGGCAACACAAAGAGUGUUAUCAGGAGAAACAGAACCAAACCCGAAAAAGUAGAAAUUGAAACUCCUGAUAUAUUGAAUGGGGGAGAAUUCCGUGGAUUCUGGGUACGAUGGGACGGUGGCAUCAUAUCCGCUGGCCGGGAAAAUGAAGUAAUUCCAUUCAUCUCAUGGACUGACCCCGAGCCAUUCCCGAUCGGCUUUGUAGGUGUGUGCACAGGAUGGGGAGCAUCUGGCUCAUGGAAGAUUGAAGAGGGCGCUGAAUUCGAUACCCCGGACAAGCUCGAGUAUAAAUUCGGUCCUGUGGCUACCGGACUACUGGAAUUUGAAUAUCGCGGACCACACAACUGCCACGUACUUUUGGGCAGUGCUCCUGGUGAAGUAAACCCUAUGUACGAAGUCAUUCUUGGUGGUUGGGAGAACAGCCAGUCUGUCAUCAGAAACUGCAGAGAAAAGCCGGAUAAGGUCACGAUCCCGACGCCUGGAUUGAUGAAUCCGAAUGAGUUCAGAAAAUUCCUAAUUGAGUGGAAGUGUGGCAGGCUUCUUGUUCGUCAAGGGUCAGACGGCGCAGUGAUGAUGGAGUGGGUGGACCCCAGCCCCUUCCCUGUCACGCACUUUGGCGUCCGCACCGGCUAUGGCGCAAGAGGCAACUGGCGAAUCAGCCACUUUUCCAAACAAGGACAAAUCCCACCUCCAUCUGCGCCUACGCACGCAGCUCUGUACGCAAAUCCCCCGGGCUAUGGAGGCCCUGGUGGGGCCGGAGUGUGGGCUGACUCUGCCGGAGGCCAAGUGCCGCCCGGCGCCGUCAUCGGAGGCCAAGACGCGUCUGGAGAACCUCUCUACGUAGCCAGGGCAGUGCACGAGGGCGCCACUGUACCAGGAAAGCUGGUCGCAUCCCACGGAUGCGCAUACGUGCCUUGGGGAGGAAGAGAACAUGGAAAACCUGAGUAUCAGGUGCUGGUAGGCGGACCUAACAACUGGGUCCCAACGAGCGGCUCAAACGUGCCCCCUGGAGCCUUCCCAGGAGGAGAAUCCGAAGAUGGAGAAACCCUGUUCGUGGGCAGAGUCCGCCACGAGGGCAGCGUCACCACGGGCAAGGUGCAGCAGUCCCACGGGGUCUGCUACAUCUCCUUCGGAGGUCAAGAACUCGGCUUCCCUGAGUACGAAAUCCUCAUGCCCUAAACAGACCAAACACGCUAUCGCAUAAUUUAUUACAGAGACUGCUUUAUACGGAUUGUAAAUCCGUUAUGUAGGCGCUAUAUUCAUAAUAUUCGGAUGUAAUCACGCUGUGCCUGCACUUAUUACUUAGAUUUAAUUAAUUUUGUGUAUUUUAUCAGUUCACGUGGAAUUGUUAUAUUUCUUUAAUAAAUUGUUUUUAUAAUUAUA